CAGACGAUUCGCCACGUAAACUUCGGGUGGAUAGCGCACUCAGCUGUGAGCGUCCGCAUAACCUGUACCUAUACGGGUCGCGCUCCAAUAUUUUCUUUAAUUUUUAAUUGAAAUACAAACCCUCGAAGGUUGCGUUCCUUUUUCCUCGGCUUUUGCAAAUAGAGACUGCCUUUCGCCAUGUAUUCCGGAGGCUGGGAAGUCGUCACCAAGAACAAGAAGGACAAGACCGCUGCAUCAGCGAAGAACGGCAAGCUCAGCAAGGCUGAGAAGAAGAAAUUUAUCGAGAAUGCGCCUAAAGUCGAGGAUUUUCUACCUUUAGAUCAAGUUAAGACUUUAUAUGACAACUUAGAUGGUAAUAAGGAGAACAAAAAGCCUGUGAAGGAGAAGGAAAACAAAACCAAGGAAAAUGAAGAAAAGAAAAAGCAGCAGAAGCAGCAACAAGCUGAGAAGAAAAAAGAUGAACCACCUAAAGAAAAACUACCAAAGUCAAUUGAAGAAGCUCUCAAUUCGAUUAAUGUAGCAGAAGUACAAAAUUUGUUAGCAACUAAUCAAGCCCAUUUCCCAGAUGCACCUCUGGUGUGGCUAAAAACUCUUGUAGCUUUUCUAAACUCAAAAAUACCUGUAGAAAAGGAUGAUCCUAUUUUUUCUAAUAGACCCGAUGGUUAUCCUCUGAAUGUUGUACCAAAGAGUUUGCGGGUUGUUUUGGAAAAAGCAAUUGACAGUGCUGGUGCUACAAAUACUCGCCUUUUCUACGAAUUUAUACUCACAGCCAUGGCAAUGGAGAUGUCAAAAGCUGUACCUGUUGUGGGAUAUAAAAUAUUUGUACAGCUGAUGGCUAAGCAUGAUCCGAAACUUAGCUCUAGUAGUAUAGCCAAGCUUACUAGUAUGAGAAACUCUUAUCAGAACAGAAAGCCUGUUGGCUUAUCUCUAUUGUGGUCCUUUAACCAAGGUGGAAGAGAAAAUUUGGCUGUUGGCUUGAAGGUUUGGCAUGAAGUUUUGGCUCCAAUGCUGGAAGCAAAGAGCUAUGCUAGUUACGUCAUGAAAAUACUGAGUGAUUUACUCAAAUGGCACAGCGAUGAAGAAACUCUGCAGUCUGAUCUAUACCUAAGUAUUUUUGAAGACUUUUUCUCCGGAAAAUUAAACAUUUCCCAGUCGGUAAUCGAUGAAGGGAUUCCACAUUUACAAAAAUUAAGGACUAUACUGUUUCAAAAUAAGAGUAUGAAUUACCGAAAGUUUUUUGAAACUUUACUUCCCAAAGUGACCUCGAAAACGCCUGAAAAUUAUAAGAAUGAAGUCGUGAGCGCACUCACAGGCUGUCUUAACGCUGAUGACCGCUGUUUUGCUGUGUGGAAAUCGCUUUAUAUGAAGAAUUUAUAUAUAUCUAGCAUACUUUUGACACAUAUUGAUUCCAAUUGGGACUCACUAAAACCAUCCAUUAAUUCUAAGCUUUUAACGGACGUUCUCUCUGCUUUUCAAUUAUCACAAGAAAAGUCAAAGAAGGGCAAGGGCAAAGAUGACAAAUAUCUUUAUUCCUGCAGUAACACAUCUGAGGCACUAAUUAAAAAAAUGUCAUCCAAAAAGUCCAGCAAGGGAGGUUUUCCAUGGAAGACUGGAUGCUUCUUCCUGCUACUUAUAAUUGGAGCAAUCGUUGCAUAUGACACCCACAAACAUGGAUCAUUCGAAGCAACAAGUACAGGAAAAUUCAUGAGAGAAAGUGGAAUCACAGAUUUUGCACAGAAAACUUGGGUUUCUACAAAGUUGUAUUCUGCAAAGGCUCUUGAAUACCUUGAGUCCACUUCACCGGAAUACUACAAAGCUGUUGUUGACUUUUCUACGCCUUAUGUUAAAUUAGCUGGAGAUUUUUAUCUUGUUGUGAAAAAUUCCUCUGUAAAGCUGUAUGACAAUGUAUCAACUUAUGUGGUUGCAAAAAUACCAGUAAUUCAGGCAUCGGUUGAACAUUACGUCCCUGGUUUACUGGACUCUGUACAAAAAAAUUCACUGAAAGGAGUAGAAAUUGUAAAAAUUUAUUCUGCGUGGAUCGCAGAGCAAACUGUUGAAAACUCUGUUAAGGCAACUAGAUGGCUGAAAACAAACGUCUUUGUUGGCAAAUUGAGUCCGGAGAGUUUGCAAAGCUAUGCCAGUCAAGCAAUCAACACGACACAUACUUUUGCUAGCCAGACGUAUGAUUGGGUAUAUGAAAAAGUGCAAACACUCUCCAAAGUUGAAUAAAGUGAAUCUUGAGUAUCGUAACUAUGAAUUCCAAUGGCAACAUAACUCCUUUACAUCUAUGCAUUUGUUUGUUAGAACAGGAGUUUUAUGUUGCAUAUUUUUGACGGUCAUGACUACAACGGCCAUUUACCUGUGAUAUUAAAAAAAAAUGUAUCUUGUAUCUACGAUACAUAAUGCAAUAGUAUCUGCAAACAAAUUUUUAGUUACUGAACUACUAACUUUAUGAUGGUGGAUACAAAAUGGCAAAAUAUUUUCGAUUUGGACAUCUUAGUAUGACUGUUACAGGAAUUAUGUAUGAUAGAAACUCUCUUUGACAAUUUUUUUUUGUAUUAUCAUGGAUGUUUUCUUUAUAUAAAUGGAUUGAAAGAAAUGUAAAAUAAAUAAUUCUUUUUUGUAUAAAAACGUGUAAAAUAUUUCUAAUUAUUUCAGUGCUUUUAGAAAAUUAAAACUUAAUGAAUAACUUAACAAGAUAGGAAAAUUAAAAAUUACAGAGUGGUAUUAAAUUACGUAUUAUUACUGGUAAUAAAAAAUAAUAUUAAUAAUAAUAUAAUAAUUGUGUUGAUUACCGAUGUAUGACAAUAAAACUCAAAUAACAAUAAUAUAUCAGGAAAUUACAUCGAAAGAGAUCCUUCAAGUAUAUUGAGGCUUACAAUUCACGUCGGCACGACUUAUCGCAUAUGAUGAUGUACAAAUCAUCUUCUAAUUGCAAAAGCACUUCUAUGAAGUCAAUACUUUGUGUUCCGUAUCACUUUCAGUGUAAAUUCAGUUUUUCAUAAUGCACGUUUCAUUUGUAUACAAUAAGAUGCACUUUUCAUUGUACAGAAUAGAUGUCUGCUUCAUGGUUGAUUGUGUGAAUGCAGGUUACAA